AUGAAGGAGAAGGUUUUACUAUACUGGACCGGUGAUGGCGUUGAUUUAGGGUUCCACAACACCCAAAUAGAAAAAAGCCAAACCUUUGGUGGUCGAAGAUGCCGAGAUAGAAGGUGGUCGACAAGGAUGUGGUGGUCAGAGUACUUGAGAAAGAAGACCGAAGAGACGAGAGGAUUGAAGGAGAAAUUGGUUUGUGUGGUGACCACGCAUAAUCCAAGUGGCCAAUCGCUACACGAUUCUAUCGAAACCUUCGUUUCGCUUGCUCCCCAAGCGUUAAUCGACGAUCUCUUUGUCGGUCUCCCCUAUAAUUCCGCUCGCCGCUCCAAUUCGUACCUCAUCGGAAAAUCAGUUUGUGAAGUUAGCUUUGCCGAUUCAAUCUCGACAAUUUCUUUUUCAAACCCGCCUCCGACUUCCAAUCAGGUGGAUAUGAGCUCUCACGUUCGAAGUGAUAGAAGAGAUAACAGACCUAGGUUUCCUCGUCGUCAAGAAUGGAUUCCCAGAGGAUCCACUGCCACGAUCACAACCACUGCAGUGGAUGCUAAUUCCUCGUCAACAGUUGCUCCAAUUCCAGAUGCAAAUGGUGGGGAACCUAAUAUUAGACCAGGCCCACCGCCUCAAAACGCUCAUAAUAGAGGAAAUGUUGGGGUACAGAGAAGGCAGCAGCAGCAGCAGCAGCAUAUACCUCGGGUAAAUCAGACUAGAGAUAGAAGAAAGGAUGCUCCUCGCGAGGAGAGAGGUUCAAAAGGCACGACAGGAGCUUUACCUCAACUUGUUCAAGAAAUUCAAGACAAACUUCUAAAAGGUACGAUCGAAUGCAUGAUAUGUUAUGAUAUGGUGAGGCGUUCUGCCCCUGUUUGGUCCUGUUCAAGCUGCUUUUCAAUCUUCCAUUUACAUUGUAUCAAGAAGUGGGCUAGGGCACCUACUUCCAUCGACUUAUCUGCAGAGAAAAAUCAAGGAUUCAAUUGGCGAUGCCCUGGAUGUCAAUCAGUUCAGCUCACAUCCUCAAAAGAUAUCCGACCACUUGAGAAAGAAGUUGUUAUUCCUGGUGUUAGUAGAGAUGAUCUUUGUCCUCAUAGGUGUGUUCUCCAAUGCCACCCUGGACCAUGUCCACCUUGUAAAGCUUUUGCCCCACCAAGACCAUGUCCAUGUGGGAAGAAAACCAUCACCACAAGAUGCUCCGAUCAGAAAUCCGUUCUCACGUGUGGCCAAAGAUGUGGUAAACCCCGCAAGUGUCUCCGCCACCGCUGUGAAAACACCUGCCAUGUUGGUCCUUGUGAUUCAUGUGAAGUUCCAAUCGAAGCCUCUUGUUUCUGCAAGAAAAACACAGAGGUGGUUGUUUGUGGCGGCAUGUCUGUGAAAGGUGAAGUAAACGUUCAAGAUGGUAUCUUUUCAUGUUCUUCCACUUGUGGGAAGCCUCUCGGAUGUGGUAAUCAUCUCUGUAAAGAAACUUGUCACCCUGGUGUUUGUGGAGACUGUGAUUUGUUGCCUGGAAAGGUGACAUCAUGCUACUGUGGGAAAUCAAGCUUACAGGAGGAAAGAAAAACUUGUUUAGACCCAAUCCCUACAUGCUCACAAACAUGUGACAAAACCCUCCCUUGUGGAUUACAUCAAUGUAAAGAAACAUGUCAUCCGGAGUCAUGUCCACCAUGUCAGGUAAUGGUUACUCAAAAAUGUCGUUGUGGGUCAACUUCAAGAACUGUGGAAUGUUUCAAAACCACCAUGGAAGUGGACACUUUCACAUGCGAUAAACCUUGUGGGCGUAAAAAGAACUGUGGUAGACACCGCUGCAGUGAAAAAUGCUGCCCGCUUUCAAACUCCCACAAUUUGCAUCGGUUUGAGGAUUGGGAUCUACACAUAUGCUCAAAGCCGUGUGAGAAGAAACUAAGAUGCGGGCAGCAUGAUUGUGAAUCUUUAUGUCAUAGCGGGCACUGCCCGCCCUGCCCGGAGACUAUCUUCACUGAUUUAACCUGUGCGUGUGGAAGAUCUUCAAUCCCGCCACCACUCCCGUGUGGUACACCGCCACCUUCUUGUCAAUACCCGUGUUCGGUUCCUCAACCAUGUGGUCAUGUCUCUUCCCACAGCUGUCAUUUUGGGGAUUGCCCACCAUGUUCUGUUCCUAUACCUAAAGAAUGCAUAGGUGGACAUGUGGUUUUAAGAAACAUCCCAUGUGGAUCAAAAGAUAUCAGAUGUAAUAAAAUUUGUGGGAAAACAAGGCAAUGUGGGAUGCAUGCUUGUUUAAGGACAUGUCAUCCGUCUCCAUGUGAUUCCUCCGGUGGUUCCACUUCCGGCGUGAAGGCUUCGUGUGGUCAGACAUGCGGUGCUCCCCGGAGAGACUGCCGCCACACGUGCACCGCCCUUUGCCACCCGUUCAACCAGUGUCCAGAUGUAAGAUGCGAGUUCCCUGUCACAAUCUCAUGCUCUUGUAAUCGGAUCACCGCCACUGUUCCUUGUGAUGCUGGCGGCAGCAACAGUGGUUACAAUGCUGACACUGUUCUAGAAGCUUCCACAAUCCAGAAAUUACCAGCCCCGCUUCAACCGGUGGAAUCAAACGGAAAAAAGAUUCCGCUUGGACAACGGAAGUUGGUUUGUGAUGAUGAAUGUUCGAAAAUGGAACGGAAGAAAGUUCUUGCGGAUGCUUUCGGUGUCACCACUCCGAAUCUAGACGCGCUUCAUUUCGGUGAGAAUACCGCUGUUGCUGAUAUGGUAGGUGACUUGUUUAGGCGUGAUCCCAAAUGGGUUUUGGCGGUGGAGGAACGGUGCAAGAUGGUGGUUCUUGGGCGGAGCCGUGGCGGCUCCGCGGCGGCUCUUAAAGUCCAUGUGUUUUGUCCGAUGUUGAAAGAGAAGAGGGACGCGGUGAGGCUGAUAGCAGAGAGGUGGAAGCUGUCGAUAAGUGCAGCCGGUUGGGAACCGAAACGCUUCAUUGUGGUUCAUGCUACACCCAAGUCUAAACCCCCGGCUCGGAUUCUUGGAGCCAAAGGGGUGAACCCAACAGGCAUGAUGCAACCGCUUGGGUUCGACCCGUUGGUGGACAUGGACCCGAGGUUGGUUGUGGCUUUGUUUGAUUUGCCUAGUGAUGCGGAUGUGAGUGCUUUGGUUUUGAGAUUUGGUGGUGAAUGUGAAUUGGUGUGGUUGAAUGAUAAGAAUGCAUUGGCGGUGUUUAGUGACCCGGCUCGGGCGGCAACCGCCAUGCGGCGCUUGGAUCAUGGGUCGGUUUAUUACGGUGCAGCGGUGGUUGGUGUCGUGUCAAAUGGUGGAGGUAAUGUUUGGGGUGGUGGUGGUGGUGGUGGGUCGACAGUUAAGGACCAUGUGCACCCAUGGAAGAAAGCGGUGGUGCAGGAGUCGUCCACCACCGGAGAUUGGGGGCAGAGUUCAUGGAGUGUUUCGGAUGAGUGGGCUGGUGGCAGUUCGGCGGUGAAAGAGGUACCGAUCACUUCGUCGGCGAAUAGAUGGAGUGUUUUGGAGUCGGAAGGUGGCGGCAGUUUGGCGGAGGAGUCUGGGAAAGUUGUGGUGGGUGAGGGAGAGGGUGAAGCAGCGGGGAAACAGGAGGAGAACUUGGAGGUGGUGGAGGACUGGGAGAAGGCGUAUGACUGA